AAUGUCAAAACAACACUCUAGUCACAGUUCCACUGAUUGUGAUAAAUGGCUAAGUGCAAAAGAAAAGAAAGUUUUGAAAUUCAACAAACAAUUAAAAACGUUAAGAUUUAAAACAAAUAUUCACCUUACCCAAACUUCACCUAUUUCAAAAAUACGACGAAAGCAAGCGAAAAUAACAUCUUUCAUCCGAAAUGAUUCUAAUACCAAACGAACUAAUCAAAGAAAUAAUUCGGAUGAUUGCGUUAUUGUGGCGUCAACUGAAUCUGUGGUUAAGAGUCGACCGUUCGAGUUUGAUAUAAGCGAUACAGAAGAAAUGGAUGAAAGCUGCGAAAAGCUUCAAGAAAAAGCUCCAGAAGAUCGUGUAAUUCGUUUAUUGGAAGUGAAAAAUGAAGAAAUAAGUAAUGUAAUCAAAGAAAACUAUCAAAGAGAAAAAUCUCUUAAUAGUACGGAAGAAUGCCUUUCUACACAGGAUAAUAACACCUACACCUUUCACGAGCCAAAUAUUGACGAUUUGGAUGAGUUUACUUUUCAUUCGGGCUAUAGAGGUUACACCCUUUCCGAUGACUGA